GGUAUUAAGUUAACGCGCCGCUGGAACACGUGAAUGACAUAUUGAAGAAGUCGAAUUGAGUUUUUUUUCCACAUUGUUUCGUCUCGGCGAGAAUGAAGGAGAGGAGAAUAAGCGAGCCGCUGGUGGUCCGCUGUAAACUGGUGUUAGUGGGAGAUGUUCAGUGCGGGAAAACGGCGAUGUUACAGGUCUUGGCAAAGGACUGCUACCCCGAGACCUAUAUCCCAACAGUGUUUGAGAACUACACAUCAGGCAUGGAAAUAGAAGAACAACACAUUGAGCUCAGUCUUUGGGACACAUCAGGUUCUCCAUAUUACGAUAAUGUCAGACCACUUUGCUAUAGUGACUCUGAUGCUGUGCUGCUAUGUUUCGACAUCAGCCGACCUGACAUUGUUGACAGCUCUCUGAAAAAGUGGAAGAGAGAGAUCAUGGAUUUUUGUCCCAAUGCACGCAUCCUCCUGGUCGCCUGUAAGACGGACCUGCGCACUGACGUGUGCACACUGAUGGAGCUGUCCAUGCAAAAAAUGGCCCCGAUUUCCCACGAACAGGGUUCUUCACUAGCAAAGCAGGUGGGAGCCGAGGCAUAUCUGGAGUGUUCCGCAUUCACGUCAGAGAAAAGCAUUCACAGCGUUUUUCGUUUAGCAGCAUUAGCUUGCCUUAACAAACUUCAGCCGCCUAUCAAGCCAAGCCCCGCCCACCGGAAACGCCUGUUACACCUGCCGAAGAAGAGAGAGAUUCUGAGCUCCUCCUUCAGCAAAGAGAGAACAAAGAGUUGUUCUGUCAUGUGACCCGAACUUACUGCUUCCUGAGAUUGGCACAAGGACAGUUUUGAAGGGGGGAAAAGGCCUUUGUUGUCUUUACACACCCAAUAGUUUGUCUUUCCAGUUGGUCCACAGUCCUACAUUUUUUUACAUCAACGAUACAGACAACGAUACAGAUCAACUGAUUGAUUUCUUUUUUUUUUUUACAUAAAAUUGUCUGCUAACAUUCAGUUCGCAUGAACUUUAUUUAAUUACUUGUUUAUUAUUUAUUGAUGGUGUGGUGGAGAACUGAGCUGUCCAUGCAUAUCAGCAGUAACAAGAAUUCUUCCUGUACAAGUAUGUGGGACGGACAAAGCAUAUGUAAUUUUGUUGAAGGACACAAAACGGUAACUUAACUGCUUAACUGGGAAUGUUUUAAAGAGCAGCUAUAAAACUGGCACUUGAUCGAGUGUGCAUGUAGGAAGAAAAACUACAACUGCAAGCACUAUCCUUUGUCCAUCUAUAAAUCUAAUAACAAAGAGACGGGUUAGCCUGGACAAAUCUUGAAAUAGCAUGAACAACACACAUAUUAUGAAUUCAGUUCAGUUUAGAAGGGGCUUGACCUCUGAGUAGCUGUGGCUCUUUGAAGAACAUGUCAGAGCAGGACAGAAGAGAUUAGGGGGAUUAGUUGAGGAGACAGGAUGACAUUUUAUCCUAGGCAAGACUGACAAGAAAUAAGAUAUAAGGUAAUCCUACUGAACGUGCCUGAUUAUAUGACCUGCCUUUUUAAGGUGACCUUCUUCAAAAAUUUUUCCUUCAAUUCAUGUCUUUUAAUUAGUUGAUUUGGACUUUUAGUGCUUAAAUGGCUUUUGUAUUAUUAUUGAAUUAAAUACUAGGGGUGUAGCAGCAAAGCCACUACAUUUAUCUGCAUCUGUUUGAUGCUUCCAAUAUUCAUAUCUGUAUUUGGAUUUAAACACAGUAGUGGUCUUGACAAAAACAUACCACUAUGACCAUAAAAAUCCUGGAAAACUAUGUAAGGGGGAACAAUGAGAAAUGUAGAAACACCAGCACUAUCAAUAUAGUCUAUAAAAUCUCCUCACUUAAUUCUUUUUACUUUAUCAAUCAAACCGUUUUUUUGUGUUUGUGGGAUUUUUAUUCUGACACACACCUGUAGUCACAACCAGAUGUCCUGUGAACUAGAAUAGAAAAGUAAUUAAGUUAUUUUCUUUUAUAAUUUAAUUAAAAAAAGUGAAACUUUAAUAUAUAUUGGAUUCACUACCUGUCAAGUGAAA